GCCAACAGUCUCGCCAACAGUCACCAACCAUGAGAUGCCUAAACUCAAUUAUUGUAAGGAGGUAUCCCACCUCACAUUCCUAUAGCAUGCUCUCCGGAAACUACUAUUCUCGCGCUCUCUUGAUCUCGCACGGGCCAAUAAUCCAGAAGCAAACAUGCCUUCCAAAAGUUUUUCAGCGAGGUAAAAGCAAGAGCACGAAGAAGAUUUCCGAAAUCCCCCAGGGACUUCUAGCCCCCCUUCCACCUCUCGAGCCGCCCGCACCGCCCGGUGAGCCAGACUACCCAACGACGAUCCAACAAGCCCGCAACAACAUGCGUAAAUUCCCACAUUGUGUGCUGCUAACUCGCGUCGGCGGCUUCUACGAAAUGUACUUCGAAGCGGCAGAGGAGUACGGCCCACUGCUGGGACUGAAAGUGGCGCAGAAGAGGACCUCGGCUGGAAGCAUUGCUAUGGCUGGCUUCCCCUUUACGGCGCUGGAUCGCUUCUUAAAGGUGCUUGUCCAGGAUCACGGGAAGUUUGUUGCCGUCAGCGAGGAGUACCCGAAUCCCGAGAAGGGGGGUUUACUGUUUGAUCGGAAGAUCACGAGGGUUGUGACGCCCGGGACAUUGAUCGACGAGAAUUUCAUGGAUCCCGGCGAGAGCCAUUACUUGCUGGCUGUUACGACGGGAAGCGGGACGGAGAGUGAGAAGGAGGUCGGGUUGGCGUGGUUGGAUUUGUCCACUGGAGAUUUUUUCACGCAGGGGACCACGAUAGGGGGCGUGCGGGCUGAUGUUGCGAGGAUUGGGCCCAGAGAGGUGGUACUCCUGGGUUCUGAGUAUUCGGGUGCUCGCGAGAGUGGACUGGAGGAAAUACUUCGCAGGGAGCAGUACUUUAUCACCAUUCAUUCUGUCGAUAUGAGGGUUGUGCUGAGGGAGGUUAAGGGUUGGAAGGACAUGAUUGAGACAAAGAUUAAUAAGGCUACUGUGAGGGAGAUGAGGGGUGUUGAGGUUCAGGCUGGGAAUGUACUACUCGAUUAUACCCAGACGAGGUUGCCGGGGAUGGCUAUGAGAUUGCAGCCGCCGGUUCGAAGGACGAUGACGGAUGCUAUGAUCAUUGAUAGUUCGACCAUGAGGGGGUUGGAGAUUACACAAACGUCGAGAGAACGUUCACGCAGGGGAGCCUUGUUGAAUAUCAUAAAGAAAACCACGACACAAUCUGGUUCUAGAUUGUUGACUAACUGGAUAAGUAUAUAUAUUCACCUCCCCCCCCCCCCCUUUUUUUUUCUUUUUCGUAUGUGCACCUUGUGCUCCUGAUGCUAACCAAAUGUGAAAACAAGAAUCUCCGAUUACCUCUAUAACCGCUAUAGAGCAUAGACUUAACCUUGUAGAAACCUUUAAGAACGAUACCUACCUAAAGCAAGACAUUGAGAGCCUAUUAAAACGCACCCAUGACUCCCAACGCCUUCUACAGAGAAUGUCUCUGGCUCGCGGGGGUGCGAGAGAUCUCGUGGGGCUCGCCCACACGAUACAAAUCACUCAGAAAAUUCUGGAGAGACUAAAUUCCGAAGAGCUCACUCACGCCGCAAGCGUAGAACAACUGACGGGAGACGUGGAUGUCCCACUGAAAUUAGCAAAACGAAUCCUAAACUCCAUCGACGAGGAAGGCCUUCUUCAACACUUACGACUGAGAGAAUCCGAGGAAGAGAUGGCGGCAGCAUUAGCAGAAGCAGAUGAGGCGAUCGCCGGGGCAGAUUACCUUGACCCUGCAGCAGCCGAUGCCACCACCACUACCUCUUCCUCCACAUCCAAAAAGACAAGAAUAGGGUCAAAAGUGGGUAGAAGAAUGCUUUCGGAGAAGGACACGGAAAGGGCAGAAGCGUGGAUUAUGCAGAAAAGGUUCGGUAUCAGCUAUCAUAGCCCCUGGAGAGCAUUCUCAUAUCAUAAAAUAUACAAUUACAUUUGGCUUAUUCUUUCCCUUGGUACUUAUUUUCCCUCGCGUGUCCGUGUAGCGCCUCCGAAACCUUAGAGAGCUUGCAUAAUAAGCUGGACGAUCUCGACCAGAAGAGGGUGGAUUUGGAGACUGAAUUGACUAAAAGGAUUGGUUGUUCAUCCAUCCCCUUGCCCAUCGCCUCUAUCACUGUAGUGGGUAGUGUUGCUGAUGAGGGCGUGGCUUGAGAAAAAAAACCAGGCGCGCAAUCAUUGACGUUAAGAUGGACACCGAGAGUGGGGCAUAUAUGCCAUGUUAAAGGGAGGGAUGUGGACCUCGAUCAUAAAGCUAUUGCUGGCGCUACGAGAGUUAGUGCUAGCAAGAGUACUUUGUCCUUGCAGCUUCCUGUCUGUCCAUUUCCCCUACAGAAUCAAUCUUCGCGACUAAUCGCGUGAUAGGAAUGGACCGAGCUGGGAAUCCGCAUCGAUGGGGUAAGGACCCAGAUCCGAACGGAGGAGCAGGUUGUCUUGCAGGGUCUGCGCGCGGACGUUAUGAAGUCGCUAUCAACGCUUCGUACGAACGCAUCCGUGUUGGACAGGAUUGAUAUUGCCUGUUCAUUUGCUACGUUGGCUAGGGAGCAGAAUCAUGUUAGGCCGUUGCUGAACCUAGGGUACCCCCCCCCCCCCCCUCCCGCCUACCGGAGAUGUGUCGGAGCGGAAUUGAUUUUCUUUCCCGGCACAGCGUAUCCCAUAAAAUAGUAGGAGGCAGACAUUCCACCGUCGAGGCUGGGCUCCAGGGUCAAGGGCGCACAUUUACUCCUAACAAUUGCUUUGUGGGCGAUCGGGAGCGGGUAUGGGUUAUCACUGGGUAUGUUUUAAGCUUACCAUAGGCUACGGAGUUACCGGUACCAAUGGCAGCGGUAGUGCUAGUGCGAGGCUGACGGCAAAUGGUCGGGGAGCAGACCGAAUAUGGCAGGGAAGAGCACGUUCUUACGUCAGAAUGCUUUGAUAAGUAUCCUAGCCCAAGUGGGGAGCUUUGUACCGGCCGAAGUUGCCGAGAUUGGUAUGGUGGAUCGGAUUUUUAGCAGAGUGCUCUUCCCAUCGUAUAACCCUUUUUCGUAUCGAUUCUAAUUGUGUUUAGGUUGGCUCUGCGGAUAACCUUUUUAAAGACCAGUCCACCUUCAUGGUUGAAAUGCUUGAAACGGCAGAGAUUUUGAAAUAUGCCACUCCAAGAUCAUUUGUCCUCCCCUCCCUCCCUUCCCCAUAGCAUGAGCAAUCUUUCAUGCUAACGAGGCAAAAAAAAAAAAGGUGAUAAUGGACGAAGUAGGGCGCGGAACAACACCCAAAGACGGACUCGCAGUAGCAUACGCUUGCUUACACCAUCUCUACCAUAUAAACCAGUGCAGGGUACUCUUCGCAACUCACUUCCACGACCUUACCAAUCUAGCAAAGUCCUUUGAGAGUGUAGGCUGUUAUUGCACCGAUGUCACGGAGGAUGGAGAAGCCUUUGCCUUCGACCAUAGGGUUCGCCCCGGGGUGAAUAGGAAUUCUCACGCGUUGAAGGUUGCUAGACUUGCUGGUUUGUCAUACCUCUACCUUUACUAUAUGCCUCCCAAUCUACCGCCAAAGUGGAGUAUUCGGUGUUAUCGUGUUGUGCCAUUUUUACCUUUCAUCCCUUCCUUUCAUCACUUUUCUGCGGGAGCAGAAAUGCAUAUGCUGACGGGCUGGUGUACUAUUAGGGAUCCCAGAUGGGGUUAUUGAGGUUGCGGAGGAGACGCUAAAGCAGUUGGAUGCUGGUGGGAGGUAGUCAAGGGCCAUUUGUUUGUUCUUUCGUUCCGUUGCCUUGCGGAUGAUGUCGGCGUUCUCAGCGGAUUGCCUUUUGCCUUUUUCGACUGCUUUCCCACGGCGAAUUACGGAUAUGCUAGUUAAAAAUACGAGUGGUGGAAGCGGUCAGAAGGAUCACUUGCAUCCAUAUACAGUAGCAUGUACUCGAGUAUUGGCAGCGGUAGUGGUGGCGUGGUUGGUUGGAUGACAAGGCACUUGCUUUUGUAACUAUAACGGAACAAUUUCCUAUGAUUACCG